AUGGCAUCAGAACAUAAGGAUUGUGAUGGAAGAAUUCGAUGUCCUUGUGUAAGAUGUAUAAAUAGUAGGUUUGAAAAAAUAGAUAGGGUUAGAGCACACGUAUUUGAUCGAGGUUUCAUGCAAGGAUAUGAGAAGUGGAUUUAUCACGGCGAGCCUGAGGAUGUUGUCGAUGAUGUAGCAGUUGCCGAUGUUGAAUCAGAGGAUGAAAUGAUUCCUAUUCUAGAAGACUUCUUUCCCCCAACAACAGAGGAUGUACAAGGAGAAGAUGAACAACCAACCACAAACCCUCAUUUUGAUGACUUAUUUGAGGAAAUUGAAGCUGAAUUGUAUCCCGGUUGUGAUUGGAUUUCGUCUCUCAACUUUUUAGCAAAGCUAUUGCAUUUAAAAGUUAGAGGAAAAAUUCCUAAUAACAUCUUUGAAGAAUUGUUGAAGCUUUUAAAGUUUGUAUUUCCGAAGGAAAAUAAUAUUCCAGCAACUUACUACGAGGCAAAAAAGAGAUUGAAGAAAUUAGGCUUGGGUUAUGACUCUAUCCAUGUCUGUUUGUAUAAUUGUUGCCUAUUUUAUAAGGAGAAUGCAUCCAAGGAGGCUUGUCCAGUUUGCGGAACUAGUCGUUGGGUUACUUCCGAGAACGGCAAAGCAAAAAAAGUUCCUUGCAAAGUUAUGCGAUAUUUUCCGUUGACACCUCGACUUAAAAGAUUAUAUAGUUCGAGGAUUACAGCGAAGAGCAUGAUAUGGCAUCAUACUGGAAAAUCCAAAGAUGAUGGGGUGUUGCGACACCCGGUCGAUGGUUUAGCUUGGAAAGACUUUGAUGCAAAACAUCCCGAGUUUGCAAGGGACCCAAGAAAUGUUCGACUUGGGUUAGCUGCUGAUGGGUUUAAUCCAUUUGGCAACAUGAGUCUUGCAUACAGCAUGUGGCCAGUGGUGUUGGCUAACUAUAAUCUACCACCUUGGUUAUGUAUGAAAGAUAAUUAUUUUUUGCUAUCUACCCUAAUUCCUGGUGCAAAAUCUCCUGGCAAAGACAUGGAUAUAUUUUUAAGACCUUUGGUGGAUGAAUUAAAGGAGUUGUGGAAUAAUGGGGUACCAACGAGAGAUAGUUCGACCAACUCGAUGUUCACCAUGCGUGCUGCACUUUUGUGGACAGUGAAUGAUUUUCCAGCUCGUAGUAGCUUGUCUGGGUGGAGUGGUCAAGGUUAUAAAGCUUGCCCUACUUGUAAUGAAGACACGACGUCCAUUCGAGUGAUCGGGAAGACAUCAUAUGUUGGUCAUAGAAGGUUCUUGCCAAGUAACCAUGCAAUGAGAAGGGAUACUCGAUUUGAUGGUAAAGUUGAAAGAAGACCUCCUCCAAGACGAUUUACUUGUGAAGAGAUAUUAUCACAAGUUAAUAAUCUCAAACCCCAAAUUCCUGGACAUCAUGAAAAUUUUGGGGGCGUGAAACGUAGAAGAGUUGCAGAAACUUGUAAUUGGAGGAAAAAAAGUAUUUUCUACGAGUUGGAGUAUUGGAGCACGAAUAUUUUAAAACACAACAUUGAUGUCAUGCAUGUUGAGAAAAAUGUGUGUGAUAGUCUCCUUGGAACCAUCUUGGAUAAUGAUAAAUCAAAGGACACAACCAAUGCGCGACAUGAUUUAAAGAAGAUGGGUAUUAGGGAAUCGUUGUGGAUUUAUGAAGAUGGGAAUGGCAGGCUAAUGAAACUGCAUGCUCCUUAUGUUUUGACUCGUGAGAAAAGACAACUUUUUUGUCAGUUUGUUAAAGGAAUCAAGUUUCCCGAUGGCUUCUGUUCAAAUUUAAAGAGCAAAGUUUCUCCAGAUGAGUCUAACAUUAUUGGGUUAAAAUCCCACGAUUGUCAUGUCAUUAUGCAGCGAGUACUAGCGGUUGGUGUCCGUAAAUUUCUACCUCGUGACACUGCAACAACUAUUACUCAGCUGUCUUUUUUUGACAUAAUGAUACAUUUGGUAUUGCAUUUACCUGAAGAAGCGAUAUUGGGUGGCCCAGUCUUUAUGAGAUGGAUGUAUCCUUUUGAAAGGUACAUGAAAAAAUUGAAGAAUUAUGUUGGAAACAAGGCACGUCCUGAAGGGUCAAUUGCAGAUGGUUAUGUUGCUGAUGAGGCACAACAACAGUCUGCUCCGCCAAUGGGAAAUCAGUUCUUAUACCGAACACCAUCAGAGUCUCCUCCGCUCGGCUCAAACUUUGCUGAUUUUGGAUUAUUUGGGAGUUCAUCGCAGGAGAACCAAUUUUAUUCAACUCCCAUUUUCAACCAAGCUGAGCUCGGUAAUUUAACACUCGGUUUAUCAUCAGACCAAGCAUAUGUGCCUUCUCCGCCACGGGCUUCGGGGACUCGUAACGAAAAUAAUCCGGAUCAAGAUUUUAUAAUUAGAGACUUGAAUGAAGAUGUUAAUGAAUAA